CCGAACGAUGUCAUCAUCAUGGGCUACAUCUAUAUAAAUAUGCAUGAAUGGGGCAAAUGUAUUGAGAACUUGCACUGGGCUACGACCCAAACCAUUUGCAACAACUUUUCUGAGUCUGCUGGUGUCUCAUCAAUGGCGAACUUCUGUUGUUCUAUUGAAUUGGAGCCCAGAACCCUGAGACAGGGGCAAAUCGACCAAGCUAGGGAAGUUGCUGUCGAUAUAAUGCAGAAGAAGGAACAAAAUGAAGCAUCUAGCAUUUUGGUCGAGGGACUGAAACCAGUUGCUUCAAUAAAGGAAAUGGUAAUGGCUGUGCAGGAAAUAGACAUGCUACACGAAGAGGAUGAGGCUAAGGACAAGAUCAUCAAUAGCAUAACUGAGACAUGCUGCCAAUGUUCAAGCAUUUCUACCACGAUUGAUUCUCCAAAUCAGUCUCUGCUUAAGGAGCCUGUUUCCGCUCCCUUCUAAUUAAAUAUUAAAUAGCACCUUUAUUCAACUUUAAGAAAGGCAAUCGUGAUUGUUCUUGUUCAAUCUUGGAAAGUGCUCGUAUUAUUUUUUUUCUUUGGAAAAUUGUAUGUAUUUUCAAUAAUGACGUUCGAACUUUGCUAGAAAGAAAAUCAAUAUGGUCCGGUGGGUUGGAACUUGGAACU